UCUUUUCCCACUAAACUCCUCUCCAAACGUAGUGUUGUGUUGUUAGUGCUCCUCUCCUUUUUGGCGCGGUGAUGACGUGGGGGGCAUCUACGUCUUCGUUCUCGACCUUGUGUUAUUUUAAUGGCUCUGCUCUCUGCAACACCCAUUUCCAUUAACUCCUCUCGCUCUCUCUCUCUCUCUGUGGUCCGCAAUUUAAGGCCUUCUUUCUCUCUCUCUCUCUCUCUCUCUCUUUCUCUCUCUUCAAGUGCGGCUGGUUUCCACUGAAUUCACUGGCGAAUGGACUCCGCAACGAUCGCCAUGAGAGCUUAUUAUCCUCCUUGCUUCACCAAACUUCCAAACCCUAACCCUAACCCUAACCCUAAUUCUAGGCUCAAUUUCUCCUUCUUCAAAUCCUUCAACUGCGUUCAAACCCCAAACCCCGAUUUCAAUUCUUCGUCUCCUUUGAAACGGACCUCUCGAAACUCCUCUAUCUCUUCUUCUUCUUCGUUUUCAUGUUCGGUGGUGAUUUCGUCUCCUUCUUGACGAGUAAUCUGCGCGUCGGGGUGUAAGCUCGAUCGGCUUAUCUCCGAAUUCCAAUCCAUCUCCAACCCAACCGACCGAUUGAAGCGAUUGUUUCACUACGCUACUUUGCUUCCUCCAUUUAAUGAUUCGCUGAGAAAGGAUUCCAAUCGAGUUAUGGGAUGUACAGCCCAGGUUUGGUUGGACGUGAUGAUGGAAGGUGAUGGGAAGAUGAGGUUUAAAGCGGACAGUGAUUCGGAGAUUACAAAAGGGUUUUGCUCAUGUUUGAUUUGGGUUCUUGACGGGGCACCGCCGGAGGAGGUGUUGGGUUUGAAAACGGAAGAUUUGGGGGCUUUGAAUGUUGGUGGAUUACAGGGUCGGAGUAAUUCUAGGGUAAAUACUUGGCAUAAUGUUUUGAUUGGUAUGCAGAAGAGGACUAAAGCUCUGGUUGCGGAGCGAGAGGGGAAGCCACCAAGUGAGCUGUUUCCAUCUCUGGUUAUUACUGCAGAUGGUAUGGAUGCCAAGGGAAGCUAUGCUGAAGCUCAGGCAAGGUUUUUGUUACCUGAUGAGUUGAAGGUUCAAGAACUUGUCAAUGUGCUAAAAGAAAAGAAAAUUGGUGUUGUUGCACACUUUUACAUGGAUCCUGAGGUCCAAGGUGUCUUAACUGCUGCCCAGAAGCACUGGCCUCACAUCCAUAUAUCUGAUUCGCUGGUUAUGGCAGAUUCGGCUGUCAAGAUGGCAAAAGCUGGUUGCCAAUAUAUUACAGUUCUAGGUGUUGAUUUUAUGUCCGAAAAUGUGCGUGCAAUCCUUGAUCAGGCUGGCUUCUCAGAGGUUGGUGUGUACCGGAUGUCAAAUGAACGCAUUGGUUGCUCCUUGGCUGAUGCUGCUGAUAAUCCUGCAUAUAUGGAAUAUCUUGAGGCAGCUUCUAUGGCAUCUCCUUCUUUGCAUGUUGUCUACAUUAAUACUUCUUUGGAGACAAAAGCGAAUGCUCAUGAACUUGUGCCAACAAUAACCUGUACUUCAUCUAAUGUUGUGCCAACCAUUCUACAGGCAUUUGCUCAAGUACCUAACUUAAACAUAUGGUAUGGACCUGACACCUACAUGGGGGCAAACAUAAUGGAGUUGUUUCAACAGAUGACUGUGAUGACUGAUGACGAAAUUGCUGAGAUACAUCCAGAACACAACAGAGACACAAUUAGAUCAUUGUUGCCUCGCCUGCACUAUUAUCAGGAUGGAACAUGCAUUGUACAUCACCUUUUUGGACAUGAAGUUGUUGAGAAGAUAAAAGAAAUGUAUUGUGACGCGUUUCUAACUGCUCAUUUUGAGGUCCCUGGAGAAAUGUUCUCUCUUGCAAUGGAAGCCAAGAGAAGAGGAAUGGGGGUAGUAGGUUCCACCCAAAACAUAUUAGAUUUUAUUUCACACAGGGUACAAGAGGCUCUAGAUAGGAAUGUGAAUGACCACCUUCAAUUUGUUUUGGGAACAGAAUCAGGAAUGGUGACUUCAAUUGUGGUGACGGUUCGCAGAUUGUUGAGUUCUGUGAAGUCCUCUUCUGGGAGAGCUAAAGUUAGUGUUGAGAUUGUGUUUCCUGUCUCAUCAGACUCGGUGACAAAGACACCUACGAGUUCAUCCAAUAGCUUAACUUUAGGUGAAGCUGGAGACUUUAUGAAAGUCCCUAUUAUACCAGGAGUUGCAAGUGGAGAGGGAUGUUCUAUUCAUGGUGGCUGUGCUUCCUGCCCAUACAUGAAGAUGAAUUCUCUUAGCUCCCUCCUCAAAGUGUGCCACCACCUGCCCGAUGAAAAACAUAACCUUUCAGACUACGAAGCUGGACGAUUGAAUUUGCAAACACGACAUGGAAAACUAAUUGCAGAUGUUGGUUGUGAGCCAAUACUCCACAUGAGACACUUUCAGGCAACAAAAAGACUGCCGGAGAAACUCAUCCAUCAGAUCCUUCAUGGUUGUGGCAACUGAAAAUCAAUGGCAUUUAGUUAGUGAAGUUGCUAUAUCAUCUUGGAAAGUCUGAAUGCCAAUUCUAUCAUGUGCUUGAAAAGGCCUCAUAGAAAAUUCACCAUGGCAACAAUUUUUUUGCUUCAAUUUAUAGAAAGUUUCAUAUAUAUUUAUAUAUAUAUAGUUUUGUGUUGUACUCUUUCUCUCUCUCUCUCCAUUUGCUGAUUUAUUUGUUUACCGUGUAGUUUUGUGUUAGAUUCAUAGAAGUGCAAUGAGGUUGAAAAAUGUUUGUACUUUACAAUUGUACAGUUGUGAACUACCAAAAUUCCUCCAUGGAGAUGUUUGUACUGUCACUGGAAUGACUAUUUAUAUUCAGCAAAAUGAGUAGAAAAUGGUAUUCUGGAAAUA